AUGGAGCACAAAAUCUCUAUCGCAUCAUACCCAUUCAACAAGGCAAACGCAGAUGUCAUACUACGGUCAUCCGACAACGUUGACUUUCACGUCCAUCAAGUAAUUCUUGGUCUGGCAUCUGAUUUUAUGGAGGACAUGUUCUCACUUCCUCAAUCAUUGACAUCAAACAAAGAUCUACCAGUUGUCGAGGUCACGGAGGAGAGCGAGACCUUAGACCAUCUGCUAAGAUUGAUCUAUCCCACUCAAGAUCCUGUUCUGGAGGACAUUAUGGCUGUUGGUCGUGUUUUGAAGGCCGCAAUCAAAUACCAGAUGGAUAUUGUUACGGCACGGCUCAGAGGAGUACUCACAGUGUACGUGGAUCCCCUACGUCUUUACACCAUUGCAUGUGGCACCUAUCUCGAGCAGGAGGCGAAGAGUGCAGUCCUUGAAUGGUGCGAUUCGUCUGACCUCAAUUUGGAAAGUUACGUUCCCGAGAUGGACGAGAUUUCUGCCGGAGCAUAUUAUCGAGCUCUUCAAUUCUAUUCCAUGUUCAAGGGCGAACAGAUGAUCCCCGACUCUUUUACAUUCUGCAUUCCUAACACCGGUUCUUCAGUAAAUUCUCCUGCACACACAGGGUCUUUUCCAGCAGCAGAGUCCGUGACCAUACCAUCUCCCUUCGACAAGCCAUCUGUGGACUCCAAUGUCAUCAUUCGUUCUGCAUCAGAUCAAGUGGACUUGUAUGUUAACCAAGCAAUUCUGACUCUCGCCUCCGAAAAACUAGCAAACAUGGUGCAGAGCAGCGACCAAUGCGAAGGUGGUCACCGCAUCAUACUACUUCCUGAGAGCGGUCGAGUACUAGUACCCCUUUUCUCAUUCAUUUAUCCCAUUUCCUUCCCACAUUUCGAAGAGCGCGGACUGUUGAUAGCCGUACUCAAAGCAGCUGUCAAAUACGAGUUGGGAAGAGCGCUCGAAAUCGUAAGGAGCAGAUGGAGGCAUGAUAUUCAGAUCUACCCUUUGCAAUCUUACUUCUUCGCCAUGCAGAACGGCUGGGACGAGGAUGCGCGGGUUGCUGCAAAGUUUGCUGCAAUACUCCCAUUGGACGAAUAUAUUCCGCAGAUGGAGACCGUCGACGCGGGAGUGUACAGGCGAUUUCUUCAAUAUCGCAAGAGAUGGCGCUCGAUAAUAAGUGCCGCUACUCAAGUCGCGUUUUACAACAUCUAUGAACCUCCUGAGAGCAAUUAUGACGUGUUCUGGAGCGAGCAAGCAGUUCUACCAAGUUCUCGCUUAGAGCGUCAAAUCCAUGUGGCAUGGGCACACUGGGCUGGCGCAAUGUUGCCACGGGCAACGACGGCGUCCUUGACUAACGUGCCGGGGACCGCCGUGACUGGGUCCCAAGACACUUGGAUGCAAUUGACAUCCCUCAUCAAUUCAUGCUCCUACAACAUGAUCAAACCGUCAGUAUCUGAUGUUCUUAGAAAAUGUGAAGAGUGCGUAGAAGAGAUACACAGGCUCUCGUUGUCUGAUGAACUUAAUCUCGAAGUUUGA